AUGUUGAACAAGCUCCAAGGGCAACCCGAUAGCUACGAGAAGAAGUCACAAUAUCGUCUUGGAAAGACACUAGGAGCAGGGACGUACGGCAUCGUGCGAGAGGCAGAAUGCGGUGGAGACAAAGUCGCUGUCAAGAUCAUCCUGAAGAAGAGCGUUAAGGGCAAUGAACAAAUGGUCUAUGAUGAGUUGAAGAUGCUACAGACACUCAGCCACCCGCAUAUUGUCAAGUUCGUGGACUGGUUUGAAUCAAGGGACAAGUUCUACAUUGUCACCCAGCUAGCCACAGGGGGCGAGCUCUUUGAUCGGAUCUGCGAUAAGGGAAAAUUUACCGAGAAAGAUGCCUCGCAAACGAUCAAACAGGUGCUGGAGGCAGUCGAUUAUCUGCACGGAAAGAAUAUUGUUCACCGAGAUCUCAAACCGGAGAAUCUUCUGUAUUUGACCAGAGACCCUAGUUCUCAGCUGGUACUUGCCGACUUUGGAAUUGCGAAAACGCUCGAUAGCCCUGGCGCUGUUUUGACCUCGAUGGCUGGCUCAUUCGGCUACGCCGCGCCCGAGGUCAUGUUGAAACAGGGUCAUGGCAAGGCAGUCGAUAUGUGGUCUCUGGGUGUCAUCACAUACACCCUUCUUUGCGGAUACUCGCCUUUCAGAUCCGAAAAUCUGGCUGAUUUGGUGGAGGAAUGCAAGAGUGGCCGUAUCAUUUUCCAUGAGAGAUAUUGGAAAGAUGUCAGCAAAGACGCUAAGGACUUCAUUAUGAGUCUCCUCCAACCCGACCCGACAAGACGUUCCAACAGCUCAGAAGCACUCAAACACAUCUGGUUGACCGGUGAGACUGCUUCGGAGCACGAUCUGUUGCCAGAAAUCAGAUCGUACUUGGCGAAGAUGAAGUUGAAGCGUGGCAUCGAGCUGGUUAAACUCGCCAAUCGCAUCGACGCACUCAAGAUACAAGAGGAAGAGCCUGCCGACAGCUCCGACGCAAACGACAUCCCGGCGAACGCUCAGAAUGCUGCUGGCUUGGCGGUAAAGAACCAAACCAGAGGCGUGUCGCCAGGCCGUGGCCUAUCUACCAACGAAGCCCCCGAGAAGAGGACUUUGAGCAAGGCGGCCAAGAGUGCCAUCUUCAAAGAAGUGGUGCUGGCCAAGGUCAGAGAGAUGAAAGACAAGGAGAAGACCGACAAGUUGGUUGCCGAGGUCACGAAAGAACACGAACGUAGGAAGAGCUUUACCGGCCAAAGAUGA